ACCCUGUUUCUCAAAUCCCGUUCCCAGCCUGUGGCAUUGAGGCUGUCCUUGGCAGAUAGUAGGGCUUAAAAACACAGCACCCUCCCAGUCUGCUCCACCAUCUCCGAGGACUCAUCACGUCACUGUGGUUUCCAGUACCUCUCUCUAGUACGAUUUCAUCAGAGUGGCAUAACACAAAGUGUUACCGAGAAGUGAAGAGGUGCUGGUGCUGGUGGCAGUUGCCAUGGCUCUGUCUGGAGAAGUGUGUGUGGUGACAGGAGCCUGCGGGUUUCUGGGAGAAAAGCUGAUCAGAUUGCUGCUGGAAGAGGAGAAGCUUGCUGAGAUCAGAUUGCUAGAUAGAAACAUCCGGUCUGAGCUAAUACAGUCUCUUGACGAUUGCAGGGGAGAGACUAAAGUGAGUGUUUUUGAGGGGGAUAUCAGGGACCGUGAGCUGCUGAGAAGAGCCUGUAAAGGAGCAGCACUUAUUUUCCACACGGCGUCUCUCAUCGAUGUCAUUGGAGCAGUUGAAUACAGUGAAUUAUAUGGAGUUAAUGUUAAAGGAACACAGCUGCUGCUCGAGACCUGCAUCCAAGAAAACGUAGCCUCCUUCAUUUAUACAAGCAGCAUUGAGGUGGCUGGUCCCAAUUCCCGUGGUGACCCAAUCAUUAAUGGCGAUGAGGACACCCCCUACUCCUGCUGUCUUAAGUUUAACUACAGCAAAACCAAGCAGGAGGCUGAACAGAUUUGCCUUCAGGCCAAUGGAGAGCUGCUCCACAAUGGAGGUCAGCUGGCUACUUGUGCAUUGAGGCCCAUGUACAUCUAUGGACCAGGCUGUCGAUUUACUUUAGGCCACAUGAGGGAUGGAAUCCGCAAUGGAAACGUGCUGCUGAGAAUAUCACGACGUGAGGCAAAGGUGAAUCCUGUAUACGUGGGGAACGCAGCCCUGGCACAUCUACAGGCAGGUCGGGCCCUCAAAGAUUCUCAGAAAAGGGCCGUGAUGGGUGGAAACUUCUAUUACGUCUCAGACAACACACCACCUGUCAGCUAUUCAGACUUUAACUAUGCUGUUCUUUCACCAUUAGGCUUUGGGAUACAAGAGAGGCCCAUUUUGCCCUUUCCACUUCUAUAUCUUCUGUCAUUCCUCAUGGAAUUACUGCACGUUGUGCUUCGACCCAUCCUGAGGUUCACUCCACCCCUAAAUAGGCAGUUACUGACCAUGUUAAACACACCAUUUAGUUUCUCAUAUCAAAAGGCUCACAGGGAUUUCGGAUAUUGCCCUCGCUAUGACUGGGAAGAGGCACGCAAGCGCACUACCGAUUGGCUAGCGUCUGUCUUACCCACAGAGAGACAGCAAAUUAACUUGAAAUAAACUAACAUCAUGUUUAUGAAUACUGUGCUAACCUGUAUUUCUCAACAGCCAUGUUCUGCUUAUUGGUUAGUAAUAUUCCUUCGAAUCCACAGUAGGAGAAAACAUUAGUUGUCUAGUGUCUUGGAUAAUGCAUGUUUUACAUAAUAAAAAAACCUGGAAAUGACUGUAUAUUAUGUUUAAACUUGUCUGAUAAAUAGAAAUAAAUAUCCACAUAAAGAAAAAAAGAUACACUGUUAUUUAUUCCAAAAGAAGAUGGUUUUAUUGUAUAAAUUAAUGUAUUUUUAAAAUCGAAGAGAAAGAAGUAGGCCGUCGGCUAGUCAGGCACUAUAUAAUCCGUGAAUUUUUAAUGCAAAUAAUGACUUGUAAGUAAACGACUGUAUUAAUUCAGGCCUACCUGACUGAGUCUGCAUUACUCUGCUUGUCUGUUGUUGUAAUUCGUUACGCCUGUAGGUGGCGACACGUGACUGUCUUUAUUCAUUUGCUCAACCGAUUCGUUCAAAAACACUUCUGCGUUGUUCAGGAACUAUUUUCGUUGGCAAAGACAGAGAUGUGCGUUCGCAAAGCCACUGGAAGGCAAGCCUGCAACCUUUAGCCAAAAAAGCGUAACGGCUAAUGCUAACUGGCGGUAUGGGCGGUACGCAUUGGCGGUACGCAGCGAGGCGUUUUGAACGGCGACACAAUAGGCUGAGAGGUGCCGCACGUGAUUAAGUUAGCCGUUACGCUUUCUCCAAUGGUAAGAGAUAUAGACCCUCUUAUCUUCCUAUAAUAAUACGAUCUCUGGCGUCCGUCACUACACGAUUUUUUCCGCAAUUUACAGUCUGGAGGAGUCAAAGGCUCGACGCUAGUUGACGAAAAUCAGAGCCAGUUUGCAGAAAUUAUGCAGAUUCUCAGAAAAUCACGUAUGAUGGGCACAGUCAUUAGGCUCCUAGUCUGCCUAGUGCUUUAAAACCUGUUGAGGUUUUAAAAGUCGUGUAGUGCAUUCCACAGUUUGAUUGACAGGCGAUCUAACCAAUCAUAACGCCGAAUCCGCCACGUCGGUGGACUUGAACUUGAAAAAUGGUGUGUACUGACGUCUUUCCGUGAUUGAAACAACAUUCCUUAUGAUGUUCAUUCAUGCUCAUUCAUGCUUAUUUGAUGCUAUAAAUGAACUAGUAGGAAGAGAUGAUAUGGUAUUUAUUGUUUAAAUUUUUUUAUACAAGGCUCGAAAUUGCGACCAUUUUAGUCGCAUGCUCCCUAAAUUUAAUGCGUGCAAUGCUCUUCAUUGAGGUGCGACCUGUUUUCAUUUCUCUGCAAAACGUUCGCUAAUUACUAUGUGCCUGCUGUUAGCUGAUACAGUUACCAGUCCACCGUUCUAUCACAUAACCAAUUAAACUACAUCUGUAAGUUCUUAAGUUUAAAGCAGACUUUAAGCGAAAUAAUAGGCUAAUGUAUAUGUACUGACGGUAACAAGGUUGCGCAGCCUUUUGAGGAGAAAUGGAAACAAAUGAGCGCAGCACACAAACUCAGUUAACAUACUGCGGUAAAAAUUCAAAAUGUGGAGUUUUUAUAUAACAUAUGAUACAGUUAAGCAACAUCACAUGACCAAGAAGAUCGCUGUCUUCCACUAUCACGAUUGAAAAUGUGACAUUGAUUUCAUUCAAAGUUGAAUAAACAAGUAGUUAAAAUUAAAUCACUUACAUUUUAGAUGCAAUAUUUACUUUAUUUACAUGGUCGACCAAAGAAGUGAGGACACGUGCUCAGCAUCAUAUCCAGAGGUUGUGUUUGGGAAAUAGACGUAUGAGGGCUGCCAGCAUUGCUGCAGAGGUUGAAGGGGUGGCAGGUCAGCCUGUCAGUGCUCAGACCAUACGCCGCACACUGCAUCAAAUUGGUCUGCGUAGCUGUCGUCACAGAAGGAAACCUCUUCUAAAGAUGAUGCACAAGAAAGCCCACAAACAGUUUGCUGAAGACAAGCAGACUAAAGACAUGGAUUACUGGAACCAUGUCCUGUGGUCUGAUGAGACCAAGAUAAACUUAUUUGGUUCAGAUGGUGUCAAGCGUGUGUGGCGGUAACCAGGUGAGGAGUACAAAGACAAGUGUGUCUUGCCUACAGUCAAGCAUGGUGGUGGGAGUGUCAUGGUCUGGGGCUGCAUGAGUGCUGCCGGCACUGGGGAGCUACAGUUCAUUGAGGGAACCAUGAACAGAGCAUGAUCCCCUCCCUUCGGAGACUGGGCCGUAUUCCAACAUGAUAACGACCCCAAACACACCUCCAAGACGACCACUGCUUUGUUAAUGAAGCUGAGGGUACACUCACUACUUUACAUUGUAGCAAAGUGUCAUUUCUUCAGUGUUGUCAUAUGAAAAGAUAUAAUAAAAUAUUUACAAAAAUG